CGAUGGGUUAGUUGUGUUUAAGCUUUGGCUACUAGAGAUGGAUGGUAAGGACAGGAAGCCACCAGAUCCUGCAGCUGGGAUGGCUGAAGGGAUGAAGGAUGUUACUGAUGAAGCAGACCUGCCUUCAGAUGGGAUGGUAUCAGGUAUGGACAUCAUCAGUGACGCCACUUCCACCAAUACUCAACAGCAACCACAGACACAGACAGGUCCUGAUGGGUCAUAUCCUCAAGGCUUUACAGGUCAGCCAGGACAGUUUCAGGACAGUGGCCAGCACACCAGUACACAAGGGCAUGGACACACCGGUCAACAGGUGCCCCCAUAUCCUUACCCAGGUCAGCACUGGCAGGGGCCUGGUCAAGGACAGCCAGGCUAUCCGUAUCCCUACCCUCAACAAGGAGGGGAGAAUCCAUACACUCAUAUACCACCUUAUGAUGCAAGGUAUGGCCAUUACGAUUACAGGUAUGGCGGGUAUAUUCAUCCACAAACUGGUGCCCUCUUUAGAUGGCCUGAUCCUUAUGGUCAGCAGCACUACCCACAGCCUGACGGAAGCCAGCAGCAGAAUCUCCCCAGCAAGGUGUGGAGACAAGUGGACAGACAGGCCCACAACCUGCAUCCUCCAGAAGUGGUCAGACAGCACAGAAUGACCCGAACUUUACAACUUCACAACCAGAUUCCACAGCUGAGAGAGAACUUCCACCUAGACCACACCCAGCUGGCUCAUACCCUGCACACCCGUUCUAUCCAGGACAACAGGUUCAUCCCCCUCCCCCGAGUUACUCUCUGUAUCCAUCUGAAUUGCCCCCGCCAUAUGAUGGUCAGCAGGGACGCAGGCUGAAACUGGAGCAGGAUCAGUAUGAGGCAGAGAAGAAGUACCCCAUCACUGACGCUGUGUCUGCAGCGUUACCUGAAACAACAGAGGAAACAACAGACCAUGCAAGCAGCCCAGAGGAAACACUCACACAAGACUAUGUGUCUGAGGAAACACCUGGCUGAAACAAGGAUGACUGAUCAGGAUGUGACAGAUAUCACUCCAUCUCACAAGAUUGAAGUAAGAGGACUACCUGCCACAAUCACCACUGACAGCAUUAGUCUAUACUU